AUGAGCAAGAAGGAAGAUGCCGCCACCCCUGAGGAGGGGGUGGAUGUCCUUGUUCAGCCUCUCCCGCACGCCUCUCGCCCUACUGAUACCGUUGCCUUCGCUUCUAGAGAAGGUACUGAAUACCCUGGGGCCCCUGUAAGCGCCAGUAUGCCUCCUCCUCACGAGCCUUCUGCAACAGAGCUGGGUACAGGAAAUGGCGAGCAGGGCGCCGCAGCAGCCGAAGGAGCAGCAGGAGCAACACCAGCAGCAGCAGCAGAAGCAGCAGCAGCAGAAACAGAAGCAGCGCCUUCAGCAGGAGCUGCUCUCCACAGUACAGUACCUUGCAGUCUAGGCCCAGCUAGCCGACCUCCCCCUCAAGUAAUGACAGCAUUAGGUCCGAUGCCUCUUCCCCCGGAGAUAAGGCGGCGUAUACCUGAGAAGUUUGUUGCACGCCCUAUAAUUGAAGAGAGAGAGAUCUACAUAGCGAAGAAAGAAGUACAAGAAAGAACAAUUGAGGUUCCCCACGUUCAUUAUGAGCACAAGUUUGCUGAGGUUGCCAAGAGCCUAAAGAUAAAGAAAAUUGUCCCAACAAUAACAGAAGUUGUGAAAGAAGUGCCGCGCGAAGUGUAUAAACCCGUAAUUGAAGAAAAAGUAAUUGAAGUACCUCAAGGAGUUAAAUAUGUUGAAGUGCCCGUAGAAGUACCCUGUCUAUACCCGCCUAAGAUCGUACCUCGCCCUAAAGUUCAAGUGGUGGAGCGUGUUGUAGAGACAGUGAAGCCUGUUGUUCAAGAGAAAGUAAUAGAGGUGCCUCAGACAGUUGUGAAGCAAAUACCGAAAAUUAAAACUGUUGAGGUGCCCUACUAUGUACCAAGAUAUGUAGAAAAGAUUAUUGAAGUUCCUUAUCAGCCGCCGGAUGCUGCAGCACUUCCUCCUAUACUUAACGGGGCUCUACCUUCAGGUAUUGCAGCAAAGAUGCCUCUACCUUUCCAGAUGGGGCCCAUCCCUCUAAGCAGUAUGAAUUCAUUGAAUCUACCUUAUGAGGCAAAGGUAGAUGUGCGCAUCAGCCAGCAUCCACCUACGCAGCAGCAGCAGCAGCAAGGAGAGCAGCAGCAGCAAGGAGAGCAGCUGCAGCAGCAAGGCUCCUGCACUCUACCAGGGCCUCCUGGGGCUCCUGCAAUUGAGCUUGUGCAAGGAUUUAAAUGGGGAAAGCCACCGAAUGCUCCGCCUCCCUUUGGUGCUGCUGGUUUCUGCGGCAUGACUGGGAGCUCAGCUAGUUUGCUGCAGCAGCAGCAGCAAUUAGGCGGUCCUGCAGCAGCAGAUGGAGAUCCUCGCAUGCGAUAUAUGCCUCCUUUGAUGGUUACAUGCCCCCCUGAAGUAGGUCAAGUAAACUUUGCUGGUUUUGUUGCAGAACCUGAUAUCUUAACUCGUGAAGGGGUCAUGGCCUAUUCAGGGUUUAGAGACAGAGGUAACUUCAAGAUGCUCUUCCCUCCGCUUGCUCCUCAGCCAGGUGUACCUAUGAGACCUCCAGGGACCCCUGAUGUACAAACAAUUGAAGAAACGCACUUUUAUAUUCAUGGACAAGGACAGCAGCCCCAGCAGCUCGAUGCCUUGCAACGAAAGGCAGCAGAAAUCGAACAGCAGUAUGAACAGCCUCAGACAAACUGGUGCGGCCAGCAGCAGCCUCCCACUGCUGGGACUGUCUAUGAACAGUAG